CCAACGCCUCCUCUAUAAAUUUAUAGAGGAGGCGUUGCCUUGGCUGCUCCGCCGCUCUGUGAUAAAUAGUUCGCUCCGAACUGCAGAGUGCAGAACGUCCGCUCCGAAGUCCGAAGGGCAUGCAACUUCUCAGUUCUCAUACAAGUGUCAACACCGUUAACACCUCCAAGGGUUCCGUCAGUAUCUGUUCCGCUUAGUUUUCAAGGCGGCAAGGCUGCCUGCUCUCGUACAUUCCUCAUGGCCUUGACUAAAACUUCCGUGGAACUCUUUUACGAUGUGAUUUCGCCUUACUCAUACAUCGCCUUUGAAACACUACUUCGUUAUGAAAAACCGUGGAACCUGAACCUGAUGUUACGACCGUUUUUUCUCGGCGGUGUGAUGAAGGCCGCUGGCAACAGACCUCCGGGUAUGGUGCCGAACAAGGCGAUUUAUAUGUUCAAAGAUCUCGCACGUUUGUCCCAAUAUUACAAAAUACCACUCAAGCCACCUCCAUUCCUUAUGGAAUUUAUUAUGACGAAGUCGACGGUAAAGCCGCAACGAUUUCUGACAGCUCUCGACAUGAAGUUUCCGGAGUACCUGGUACCAGCAUCCCGUGGGUUCUGGAAGCGGCUUUACGAAGAACACAAGGACAUCGCCGAAGACGACAGUGUCUCAGCAGUAGGGGCCACAGCGGGGUUGAACGAACAACAGCUGAAGGAAGCCAUGGCUAUGAUGGGUGAUGACAAGGUAAAGAACACAUUGAAGGAACGAACAGAUGAGGCUGUUGAGAAAUACGGUGCUUUCGGAGCACCCACUAUUGUGGUGCACACUGGCUCGAAACCGGAGGUGUUCUUCGGCAGCGACAGGUUCGAAGUGAUGGCAAGUGUUCUUGGCAAGCAAUGGAAUGGCCCCCUUCCACAUGGGAAGCUUUAAUAGCUCUGCACAUUUUAUACAGAGUAUACAUUGUAUCAUCUGUAUAGUUUUGUUUAUUCAAUAUACGAUUGUUACAAAUGAG